AUGGCACCUUAUGAGGCUCUAUAUAGUCAUAAGUGUCAUACUCCACUAUGUUGGACUGAGUUGGGUGAGCAUCGAGUUUUGGAACCUGAGUUGGUUUCUGAAACUGAAGAUAAGGUUAGACUGAAUCGAGAUAGUCUGAAGGUAGCUUUUGAUAGACAAAAAUCUUAUGCAGAUCUGAAGAGGAGAGAUAUUGAGUACUCUAUAGGGGACUUCGUGCUUCUUAAGGUUUCUCUGUGGAAGAAAGUUUUCAGAUUCAGUCGUAAGGGCAAGUUGAGCCCGAGGUUCAUUGGGACGUAUCAGACUCUGAAGCUUGUCAGACUGGUCGUUUAUCAGUUGGAGUUACCUUCUGAGUUAGACCGUAUCCAUGAUGUCUUUCAUGUUUCGAUGUUGAGGUGGUAUCGAUCAGAUCCAUCUCAUGUUGUAUCAAUUGAGGAAAUCAAGGUGAGGUCGGACUUGACUUUUGAAGAGGAGCCGGUUUAG